AUGGGCGCGUCCUCCAGCCGCCGCCGCCGGGACGACUACUACCCGCCGCCGCACCACUACUCCUCCUACCCGCCGCCGCCGCCGCACCACCACCACCGCCACCAACACCCGCCGCCUCCCCCUCCACCGCCGCACCACCGUCCUCCCCCUCCGCCGCCGCCCUCCUCGUACUACUACCACCCGCACCCGCCGCCCCCGCACGCGUACCACGGCCCGUGGCACCCCGCGCCCGCGCCGCCGCAGCCGCAGCCGCCCGCGCUGACGGGGCCUCCGCCCGAGUUCGUGGAGCACCAGCAGGCGCAGAAGGUGAAGAACUACGUCAAUCUGCACAAGGACACCAUCAGGCUCGUGCCCGACGACGCUGACCCCGAGCGCCGCCUCGUCGCCUUCACUUUCGACGCGAUAACCGACGGCAGUGUGACUAUAUAUUACUUUGCCAAGGAAGGAAAGGACUGUAGUUUUUCUUCAAUGUACCCAGAAUUACAGAUGCCAACAAAGAUACCCUUCGAGAAAGGGUUGGCCCAAAGGUUUAUCCAGCCCUCUGGAUCUGGUGUUGACUUGGGAUUCUUUUCUCUGGAUGAGCUUUCGAGUUCGUCAGGGGAAGUGUUCCCACUUGUUGUUUAUGCAGAAGCAUAUCCAUCUCCAGAGGAAGGUGGCCCGUCAGUAAACUCCACUCGUGCACAGAUUACUCUUGCUGUUUUGGAGAAGCAUAACAACGACCUUCAAGUCAAAGUUGUGAAGCAAAUCUUGUGGAUUGAUGGCGUGAAGUAUGAGCUACAGGAAAUUUUUGGUAUGGUCAACUCCACUGAAUCAGAUGUUGCCGAUGCUGAUGCUGAUGACACGGGGAAGGAAUGUGUUAUCUGCUUGACAGAACCAAGAGACACUGCUGUUAUGCCUUGUAGACAUUUGUGUUUAUGCAGUGAAUGUGCAAAAACUCUACGAUUUCAAUCAAAUAAAUGCCCAAUAUGCAGACAGCCUGUUGAAAAACUAAUGGAGAUCAAAGUUAGAAGUGCUGAGCCAUAA